UUAAGCAAUUCUAUGAGAAAUAUUUUAUCUACUGUAUUAAUAAAAAAUGAACUCAAAAAUGAUCCAGAAUUGAAAAUUAGUAAAAUGAGAUUUGAAACAUUAUCUCAAGGCAUCGAACAACUAUUUAGCAGUGAAAUUAAAUCAACAUAUUUUAUUGGUUAUACUCGAGAAGGGUCCAAAACGAAUAAAGGCAAAUUAUAUGAUAAAUAUUGUAACAUACGAAAAGAAAUGAAAAAAAUUUCACCAAUAACAGUUACUUCAACUAACCACCAACAUGAUUUUUCUCCAAAUGUGAUGUCUGAUGGUAUAGAGUUUAAUGAAGAAAUUUGUUGGCUGAAAAAUAAUACAGAGCCUAAUGAAACAGUUUAUUCUUAUUGGAAACUAACAGCACCUUAUAGGCUUGGCUCGAGUUUUGAAAAUGCACUUAGUAUGUUUCCAGCACUAACACUAAGUUCCUUGGGUCCUUCUCUCAUAGAAUCAGAUUUUAAUUAUUUAUAUCCAUCAAAAACUAUGGCAUUGCUCUCUAAAUUCGAACUAUUUAUUCAAAGUUUUAGAAAAUAUAUAGAUGAUAAUAAUAUAAAUUUUGGAACUAAAGGUCUAGAAUAUAUUGCUGAGUUAAAUAACCCAAAAAGGCCUGGUAAUGAAGUCUAUGCUGCUUUAUGGUUGUUGCCACUGAUUUUUCAACCACUUUGUGUAAAACUUACUAAGACAAAUAAUAAAAAGUCUUCUUGGCGUCCCUCUAAGGUGGAACAAGCUUGUUCUUUUAUACGUUUCAUUAAUAACAUAAAUGAUGUGAAAAAUACUCAUGAAUCGAUCGUCAAGAAGGCAAUUACAUUCGGACUCACUGUACAACCAUACAUUUUAAUUGUGGGUUCUAUUUUUGAAGAAAUUAAUUCCGAAGAAAGAAUCCAAAGUUUUCUGGUUAUCAACAGCACCAAUUACAAAUUGGAAACGCCACUCAAAGCAGUUGAUACCUGUUUUAAAUCGUUCUUUACAUUGAACUAUAAAUACCCAGUCGAAGGAGAACAAGUAUGGGGCUUUAUUCAAAAAUAUUUUUUUGAAAUAAACACAGACACUGAUAAAUGUUUUCCACAAAUGGAUACAAUUAUCAAUGAUCUACGUAAUUGUAAUUAAGCAUACUAUAAUAUUAUACUAUACUAUUAUAUUUUCAAGUCAAAGUCGUUGAAUAAUUUAUAACAGA